UAAACGGAAAUCUUUCCCAAAAUUUCCACCGCAAAGAAAAAAAACCCUGUCCUUCUAAAUUCCAAAAUCAGACUAAGGGAGGUCAAUUUUGUCGCGGUGUGAGUUCUGAUGGGAUUUUUUUUUUCUUCAAUGGGGAACGUAUCUACAAUUCAAUCACAAAAAUCAAAGUUUUUUUCACCUAGUUUGACGUCAUCUGGUUGGCCAAAUGUAACGCAAUCACAAUAUGUAACGCGAACAGUGAUUACUUGAGCAGUGAUUGAAGGGAAUCGGAAGAUAAUUAUCUUCAGUUUCGCUUUCAAAAUGUCAGGGACUGCUGCUACAGUUUUGGUAGGCAUAACAAAUGUGUUCAAAGAAGCUGUGCGAUCGAACGAAGUCUCAAUCAAAGCUACCGUGGCCGGGUUGCUGUUGUAUGGCGUGAAAGAAUUUCUCAACGACAUCAUCUUCUCUUGUCCGGAUGAACAUUUUCUGAUUUACGGCAGUCUCUUCAUCUUCGGCCCAUCUAUUUUCCUCUUCUGUCUAUCGCUUCUGGCUUCUUCUCCUUUUUGGCAAGCUGUCACUGGCUGUUGUCUACUGACAUGCCGCAGAAAGAAGUUGUUGUUUAUUAAGGCGAAAAACAGCGUGUUUGUUGCUUGUUUGCCUCCACUGAUUUGGUUGAUAUACGCUUUUGUCGAAGAGGACUAUUACGUUUGUGCUAAACUUGGCCCUCUAAUCGCAACACUUGCUAAAGCGAACACAACCGUGCAGAAAGAAGCUGUGAAUAAAGAAUUUGUUCAGGCCAAAACGACGUCACAGUUGAUUGCAUGGGGUUUAGUUCUGGGUAUUGUUAUUCUCUCAACGAUCUUCGUCACGAUUUACCGCUUGUGCAUGCCAAUCGAUCCAAAACUACUGGACAAAUACGCCUUGGAGGAAUACGAAGCCGACGAAGCUGUGGCCCUUUUCAACGACAAAGUAAAACCAUACGCAGAACAGCAAGCGCAGGACCUGAUCAAUGGUUUGUUUGAGAAAUACAAGGACAAAGACCGCGAAGAACAGCUUUCCAUUAUCGAGGAGCAGCUCGGAAAACUCUUCCCCAGACAUGCUGGUGUUUUAGCCGGAUCUGUUCGAUCUUACCCAAGUGGAUCAAGACAAGUGUCACCAAAGAACACAGAAGGAGGGAAUGUCAUGGAGUUACGUCCAAUGGUGGCGUGACAAAAUAAAUUUCCUAUUGUUUGAUUGCAACAGAACUUCAUUCAUUGUGCAAUUCAUUUUGCAAUCACAUUUCUGAUUGACAAAUCAGAAUCCUCACUUUGUGGCUGUCCAACAUUUUCUAAUCACUUGAAUGAUUAUCGACCAAACUCAACUCUGCCCAAUCCUAUUCCCAGUAUUAAUAAUACACAUGAAAAAAUUACUCAGUUCUGCAUGUUGAUUGGUUAAGAUAAAUGCAGUUUUCAAAUUAUUCAGUGCAGGAGAGAGUUAAUUCAGUGCAGAAGAGGGUUACUUGAGUGCAAAGAAAGCAACAAACCAGACAUUUGGUUUGGUCAAUAAUUAAACAAACUCACAGAAUUACCAAAGUCACUGAACAAUUCCUUGAACUGUUUGGCUGGACUUUGAACUUUUUUGUGCCUGAAAGAUGCAAAAAUUUCAGUUUAUCUUAUUGUUCUGAUUGUAUGCGGUUGUUUUGACAGAAUGCACAAUGUCACUUGCAGGAUUUGAAUAAAUUAUUUUUGCAUGUGAUGCAA